AUGUCCGAAGCCGAUGGCAUGUUCAAGGAGCAAAACCUCCAAGAUGGUGCUCGCCCUGUCACAAGUAGGGUCGUUAGUGCUUCCAUGAUGCGUUCAGUCAUGUCGCCCUCAGAUAAUUCCUCUUCUUCUUCGGAUACGACCCCUUGGUCAUCAGCCAUCGGUCAUGCGGGCACUGGAAAGUCGGGCAGAGUAAUCGAGCGGCUACAAGGAGACAUCGAUAAAUUACGCCGUGAGAAACAAGUGCUGAAGAUGCGCCAUGAGGAGGCAGAGAAAGCCAAGGAGGCACUGGCCGCACGAAACCAGUCACUCCAAGACCGGAAUAGCAUUUACGAGCAAUCUCACGAGGCCCACGACAGACAAUUGAAAAGAAGAGAAAGACAAGUCAAAGAGCUACAGGACGAGCUCGCGAAGGAAAGGGCGAAGACCGCUCAUGCGCAGUCCCAAGCAGCUGCAGCCGCAGAAUCUGAAGAAUCAUGGAGGAUCGAAGCCAGCCAGGCCAAGGCUCUAGCUGCCCAAAGGGAAGCUGAAUACGAGACUAUCAUAGCUUGCCGGAAGAUGGACUACGACCGACAUCAAGGUGGCCUGGAUAAAAUCCGAGCUCAAUUCAACGACCUCCUUCGCCGUACCGAGGAUGAUGCAGGGAAACAGAAAAAACUAGAGAUCGUGGCUGAGCAGCAACGGCAGACAAUAUCGGCGUUGGAAGACCUUACUCGAAGACUGACUGCGAACUUCAAGACAUAUCGAGAGCAAAUCGAUACCGCAAUCACCGAACUCAAGGCAAAGGCUGGCAGCAACGAUGAUGCUAUCACACAAAAGCUGGACGAGAUGACCGAAGUUACAGGUCGAAUGCGCUGGGUGAUGAAAGUCGAGGGCGUCAUGAACCAUGGCCAAAGUGAAUCGGCGUCUCAACAGGGCCAUCAACUUAACGGUCACAGUGAUUUUUCAGAUCAACGCAGUGAAAAUUCUGGUAGGAGGAGCCCUACCAAGCUGAUCAAGCAUCGACGAAAAGAAUCCACCAAGGUAUCCAGAUAA